ACACUCUGUGCUUAAGUUGAGUUCAAUUUCAUUUCCAAUCACACAGAUUUGCUCUCUUCUUCUUCUUCCUCCAUUCAAUCUCUCGGAAUCCGAACCCUAGCCUGGUAGGGUGGGGGCACGAUGGGGUGGGCGGCGCGGUUCCUCACGGCAGUGUCCUUCCUCGCCGCCGGCGUGCUCUUCGCGCCGGACGCUCUCCUCGGUGGCUCCGGCCGCUCCGGCGCCGGGGUCGCGGCGGCGAGGCUGGCGCACGUCCUCUGCUUCGCCACCGCCUGGGGCGCCGCGCUCUGGGUCACCUUCAUCGGCGGCAUCGUCAUGUUCAAGUAUUUGCCAAGGCACCAGUUUGGGAGUCUACAAGGGAAAAUGUUCCCAGCCUACUUCAUGUUGAUAUCAGUAUGCUCGGCUAUAUCAGUGGCAGCUUUUGCGUAUCUACAUCCUUGGAAGACGGCAUCUACCAUUGAGCGCUAUCAGCUUGGAUUCUUGAUCUCCGCCCUUGGUUUUGACCUUUCCAACCUUCUGGUUUUCACGCCCAUGACCACUGAGAUGAUGAUGAGGCGGCACAAGAUCGAGAAAGACCUCGGCAUCGGCAGCGAGGUCGGGUUUUCGAAGAACGCGGAGGUGGCGAGGACGAACCCAACGCUGGCGGCCAUGAACAAGAAGUUCGGGAUGAUCCAUGGCCUGUCGUCUCUGGCCAACAUCAUGGCGUUCGGUAGCCUUGCAAUGCACUCCUGGUACCUCGCCAGCAAGCUCCAGAUCUGACGGCAUCAUCACCACUGCUUCUCCCAUGUCUCCAUGUUCUGUGCCUCUGAGUUCUGAAGCUUGUUGCCGUAAGCUGCUGAUCAAAAGUUGUAUACUAGGUUUAUGUAACAGAUAAACUGAUGAAGGAACUUGUGAUAGAAACUUUGCAAUAAUUUGGAGAAAUGAUGUACAGAUCGCUGGGUGUUUGUUUUGAUUUGUUUCAAUGCAUUACAAAUACUACGAGGGA